AGCUUCACAUAUACAAUGUUUUUAAUUUAUUUAUGUUUCCCCUUCAGGUAUGGCUUUGUCAUUGCAGUCACCACCAUUGACAACAUUGGAGCAGGUGUAAUCCAGCCGGGAAGAGGGUUUGUCCUCUAUCCAGUCAAGUACAAGGCCAUUGUGUUCCGUCCAUUCAAAGGGGAAGUGGUGGACGCUGUGGUCACUCAGGUUAACAAGGUUGGGUUGUUCACAGAAAUUGGCCCAAUGUCUUGCUUCAUCUCUCGCCAUUCCAUCCCCUCAGAAAUGGAGUUCGAUCCCAACUCGAAUCCUCCUUGUUAUAAGACAGUUGAUGAGGACAUCGUAAUCCAACAAGAUGAUGAGAUCCGGCUAAAGAUUGUGGGAACAAGAGUGGACAAGAAUGACAUCUUUGCCAUUGGAUCUCUCAUGGAUGAUUAUCUGGGUCUUGUGAGCUGAUUCGCCCCAGAGGGAAUUUCACAUGUGACAUUUUAUGUUGUAGCCUAAUCAUUUCCAUAAUGAAGAAUGUAAGAUUCAUUUAACGAAAGGCUUGAUAAACUGUCAUAUUUUGUUUUUUCUUUUCUUUUUUUUUUUUUUUUACAUGUAAUAAAGUAUUCUUAUUUCUAA